AUGGAGGGCAUGGAUCACAGCAGCAGCGAGACAAGCUGUAAGGUCUCGAUGCUGUUCAAUUUUCACACCAUCGAUGCUUGUUUCUUGUCCACAGGAUGGCAGAUCAAAAAUAAUGGCAUGUUUGCUGCGACCUGCAUUGGCGCAAUUCUGCUCGCUGUGUUGGUCGAGUUCUUUCGGCGCAUUGGUCGGGAAUAUGACAAUUUCCUGACCCGCCAAUUUCAGCGCCAAGCCGCACACGGCAUCUUUGCCAAGAAAUGUGAAUCUGGCAGAACGGCAGUGACAUUUCGCGCGACGCCAUUGCAGCAGUUGACGAGGUCUGUCAUUCAUGCUGUCACCUUUGCAGGGGCAUAUAUCAUUAUGUUGUUGGCUAUGUAUUUCAAUGUCUACGUGAUUAUUUGCAUCUUUAUCGGUGCGGGGCUGGGCAAGUUCUUAUGUGAUUGGAUGGUUGUCACAGUCGGGAUAGACGAUGUGCAGGAUGAAACACGGAAAUUGGAGGAGACAACAAUAUGUUGUGAUUAA